AAUUUGGCGUCAGAUUGGAAAUGCGGUCAGUGAACCAAAUAGUUCGACCCUGACUUUGCCAUUGCCCUUUGUGUCUAGAAUCCCUCACCGUGUGGCCCAAUCUGGCCAAAAAUGAAUAACAUACCUCUAUCUGUUGAUUCCAUGCUCCUCAAAACACUCACAUAAAUCACAUCAAGUCGGAAAAAUUGAAAAUUUUCACUCAAAACAAUACACAAACGCGAAGCCUACUUUCCAGUUUCUGUCUGCAAUAAACAUGGCCGGAUUACCUCUGAACUCAUUAAUUUCUCUGGCACACUUUCCCGCCCUUUUCGUCAAUUAAAUAAGCGCCAGAAACGCGCCCCAUUCGAUAAACUCGAAGUUCGGGGAGUCACACGCGAGGAAACUUAACCAAUUUUGAAAAAUACGGCCCCAAAAACAACACUUGAAAGUUCGUUCGGAAAAGCGGAGCCAGAUGGCGCUUCAGCGCUAGAAAGUUGAAGACGUAACCUUGGAACAGCUGUGGCCAAUCACAGUGCGCUGUUAUCGCGCGCUUUUCAAUUUGCGUUUACAACUUUUGGGAAAAUUUGUUCAAUAAACAGGAUUUUAUGGGGUUUGUUUUAGCGAUACGGUUCAAAGAUGCGUAAUUCGCUGAAAAAUACGAUAAGCUUGGGUAAACACGUGCCGAGGUCCCCACUCACAACGUUAAAUAUUUUCAAUGCGAAAUAACCUUCGAUUCAGUAAUAUUGCACAAAUUGCUUUAAAUAAUGCGUGUUACUUGAAGCUUGUUAACCCCUGAAUAGGCGAAAUCGCUGACUGAUGCUGUGAUGUAAUAAAACGUCCGAAAAACAGAGGUCAUGUUACUUUGCUGUGUCUCCAAGUGUGGCUAUUGGUACUUAAUUUAAACCGAAAGCACCGCGAUGAACGAUUGGUUCAAAAUUUCGCUCCUCUUAUCAAUUUUUGGCUUCUUGAAGGAAAUCAGGCCGUCGGAACCCUUCGUCUACGAGUUCCUGGUGGGUCCUUGGAGGAAUGUCAGCAAAGAGGAAGUCACCGAACAAGUCUAUCCUGUGGGAACAUACAGUUACUUAGCCCAAUCGAUUGUGGCCUUCCUCAUCACCGAUUUGUGCAGGUACAAACCCCUCAUCGUCCUGUUGGGACUCUCGGGGGUGCUGGUAUGGAGCAUGCUUCUGUGGACCAAGAGCCUCCUCGAACUACAAGUCCUUGAGGUCUUUUAUGGGACUUUUAUGGCGACGGAAGUGGCGUACUACACGUACAUCUACGCCAAAGUCCCCAAAGACUUCUACCAGCAAGUGACUUCGCACACUCGGGCUGCCAUCCUCGCGGGGCGCGCCAUUUCGGGGAUCAUCGCCCAAUUGCUCAUCUCCCUCGAGAGCGCCAACUACCGCGACUUGAACUACAUCACCUUCUCGUCAAUGUUGGCAGCCACCAUCUGGAGCCUCUUCCUGCCUUCCGUCCGCAAAACCAUCUACUUCCACCGCGAAAUCGACUACGAGGAGCGCUACUCGCGCAAAUUCCUCAACGCCUUCACUCUCAUGAAAACCCACCUCGUGGAGUCCUUCUCGAACCGCUACGUCCUGAAAUGGUCCUUCUGGUGGGCCCUCUCCACGUGCGGCUUCAUCCAAGUUCAAUGCUACAUGCAAGUGUUGUGGAACACGAUCCAAGACGACGCAACCAUUCCCAUUUACAACGGGGCUGUCGAGUCGGUCCUCACCGUUUUGGGGUUCAUCGGGGCGCUGCUAGCGGGGGUUCUGAGGGUUGAUUGGAAAAUGAAAGGCGAGUUGGCUCUCACACUUUGCUCGCUAAUGAGUGGAUUUAUCCUCUUGUACACCUCGCGCACCAAAUACGUCAUUUUGAGUUAUAUUUGUUAUAUCGCUUUUGGGGGGCUUUACCAUUUUAUGAUCACUAUAGCUAGUGCAGAAAUCGCGAAAUGCAUCAAGGAGGAUAGUUAUGGGCUUGUCUUUGGGAUUAAUACGUUUGUAGCGUUGGCGUUUCAGUCGAUUUUGACAGCGGUCGUAGUCACGCAAGGGGUGGGCUUCGCCCUAGGGCCCCGAAAUCAGUAUUUCGUCUAUGGGGUUUACCAUAUUGCUAUCAGUGUGAUAUACAUCGCUAUCGGACUAGCGAGUUGGCUCAGCUCAAAGAGAGAUUAUAGAAAAGCAGAUAGCUAGAUUUCACUAGGUCUCAAAUCUUAAUAGUCAGUAUUAAAUAUUGUUUUUAUUUGUUAAUUAAUAAAAGACUGUUUUCGA